GGUUGACAAGGUGUCGACUGUUCAUCCGUUUGCGCGACAGCAGCUCCCCAGCAGCGCGCCGCCCAGACUGAACUUGCAGCGAGACGGAGCGGUUCGCAGGGAGGACUCUCUGGCGGACGAGAUUUAUCACUUGGAGAAACUGACGAUACGGAAGCUUAAAUAUCUCACAAGCAGCGAGUUUUUUUGUUUUUGUUUGUUUUUUUUAAAUCUUGCACCGGGCACAGCAGGGUUCUGGAGCGCUGCUUUGACGCACAUCAAAAAAGGAGAGGCGAGUGUGGGCGCAUCUGCCUGCCACCACCAUGUCCACGGCCUCAGUAGCAGAUGUGAGAUUAGAGAAUAAAGAAGACAGCCAUAGCCGGAGUGACCCAGGUCGUGCACAUGCUCAGUGCACACCGAGGCCCCUGCCGACUGUGGGCAGCCAAAGGAUCAUCCAGGGUAACGGGACCAGUGUGGGCACAGUCAUUUCCCUGAAGUGCCCAGCUAAACACAAGCUGGUGGGCAAAGAUCUGAAGUGUAUCAUGGGCACCAACAGCACCCAAUGGGUGGGGGAGACCUUCUGUCAGCCUCUGUCCCCCUAUGAGAACUAUGGUUUCCGUGUGGCCGUCCUGGCAUCCAUCAUAAGCUCGGGAAUAAUCCUGCUCAUGUCUGUGGCCUUCAUCACCUGCUGUUUGCUUGAGUGCACUGAAGAGGAUAAAAACAAAAAGGAAGGAAGGGAGCCUAAUGGUCCUCGCUUGGAGGGUCAGAACCAGCGCCAGGAGGACAGCACGUCAGGUUACAGUCAUAAAGGUCGGAACAACAACAAUAACAACGCAGAGAAGAUGGUGCUGCCUUGGUGGGAAACUGCAAACCCAGCCCUGUGUGACAACAUUCAGCCUUGCAGAUGUCAGCAGCAGUACACCUACUGCCCUCCUCUGCCUCCACUUACUGCUCUUCCUGGACAGGACUAUGAUCAGCCUCUCUUACCCCAAAACCUGCCCACUUAUCCACCUGAUUACACAGGACCUGCUCUCUCGUCCUGUCAAGCUGCCAACUCCGGAUUGGUCCACUCCUCAGCGGCUGGGUCGGGACUGGUGUGGCAGUAUGGGGGACAACACUGCAAUAUAUCUGAAGUCAAGCCAGCAAUCACAAGGAAUAUAAACACAAACAGUAAUAUGAACCCCAAGGAGGUUUCCAUCAGGAUCCUAUCAGUGUGAGGAUACAUUGCUGACAGAGUAAAUAUGAAAUCUUAUUUGAUGUGUAACACCUUCAGCUCAGAUUUUGAGUGAAAUGACUUAACCAUGUUUUGUGAAAGAAAAACAGCUGAAUGCCUGUGGUGCUAUAUCUAUUUAUAGACACUGAUCUUAAAGGCAUAUAACUUGCGCCGUUAAUCAAAUUGUGAAACUACACUGCACCCUGGCGGAAACUAGGAGCCAAUGCAUCUUUAGUACACCUGCCAUGCUAUGGACGUAAACUCCUGACAUUGAAUGAAGAAAAAAAAAGAUUUAUGCUUGAUAAAAAAAAAAAAACUCUCUUACACUAAAGGUUAAGGUGAUUACUGGAAAAAGUCUCAAUAAACUGGAACCAGCUUUU